AUGGGAGGAGGGGCGGCACAUAUGGCAGGAGGGGCAGCGGAUGUGGUAGGAGGGGUGACAGAUGUGGCAAAAGGGGCGGCACCAGUGGAAGGAGGAGCGGCGGAUGUGGCGGGAGGGGCGGCGAAUGCAGCAGGAGGGGUGGUGGUUGUGGCAGGAGGGGCGGCGGCUGUGGCAGAGGGGGCGGCGGCUGUGGCAGGGGGGGCGGCGGCUGUGGCAGGGGGGGCGGCGGCUGUGGCAGGGGGGGCGGCGGCUGUGGCAGGGGGGGCGGCGGCUGUGGCAGGGGGGGCGGCGGCUGUGGCAGGGGGGGCGGCGGCUGUGGCAGGAGGGGCGGCGGCUGUGGCAGGAGGGGCAGCGGCUGUGGCAGGAGGGGCGAUGGUUGUGGCAUAUGGGGCGGCGACUCUGGCAGGAGGGGCGGCAGAUGGGCCAGAAGGGGCGGCGGAUGUGGCAGUAGGGACGACGGGUGUAGCAGAAGGGGUGGCGAAACGAAACAGAGAAUGA